AUGAGUGAAAUAGCGUAUAAACAAUUGCACCAGUUCCAUUGCGGUGCAUUAGCCUUUCCAGAAAGAAGUUCUCUAGUUUCUAUAUGUCCUCAUGGAUGUUUUGUUUGUGUGUCUGAUCGUGGUGUCCUUUUGUAUGAUACGAAACAUUAUCUGGAAGCUACUGGAAUAUGCAAAAUUCGAAGAGAUAAACCACUCUUCGACCACAAACCGAAUAUUGUUGUUUCUUCGAUUGAUCCUAUAAUGUGGACUGCUUUUAAUUCCGAUGGUUUGAUACUGGCUGUUUUGACGUCCAGCGAAAGUCGUGGGACAUUUGCAAAUUUGCUUAAUGUAGUUGAUCUUGUGAAGUCUGGAUCGACUGAUUUGUCAAAUAUUAGCCGUUCCAUUCGCGUUUGUGGUGGAGAAACUAGUCUAUGGAGAUUACGUGACUUUGCUUGGAGUCCAACUGAUCCGACUACUUUUGUUGUUGUUCUUGAUUCGGGUGCAGUUCGUCUUUUUAACUUUCCACCAGAUGGAAGUAAAUCAAUCACUCUUGUUGGUCAAUUGUCAGCAACUGCAGAUUGUCGAUGUGUGUCUUGGAGUCCAAAAGGGAAACAACUUGCUAUCUGUUUAAAUGGUUCUCUGUCCACUGCAAAUGGAAUUGUACAAGGUCCUUUAAUUUUACAGGUAGAUCCACAACUACAACAAAAGCGCAUUGUUCCACUUGGUCAUCUGUUCGAAUCAAAUCAUGAUUGGAAGAAUAGUUUACCAGUAGAUCUAUUAUGGACAUCUUCAUAUAAUUUUCUUUUGGCUAUUAAACAAUCUGUAAAUGAAGUGCAUUCAGAUUGUUUAACAAAUGUUUUAUACAUUAGUACAACUUCGAAAUCUCCGGAACCAUCUGCUGUCUCAAUUGGUAAUCUUAGUAGUCAUAUGGAUCAUAACAAAGUACAAUAUUAUUUUCGUUUUCUUGGGCCUAACCAUGUCAUUGUUACAUUGGCAUAUGUCGGUGAAGAGGUAAUUGUUUUAAAACUACCUACAACUUCUGGGAGUUUACCUGAAGUUGUAAUGAGCAUUGAAUUACCAGCUGAUGGUUGUGCUAUGAGUAUGGAUGUUGGAGUUCUUCAGAAUAAAACUAAUGAAUCUGUUGAAAAUUCUUUAAUAUAUUUACUAACAUAUUUGUCUAAUGGAAAUAUUGGCCCUUAUCUAUUAAACUCAAAUGAUCAAUUAAAUGUACUCAAUCUAAAUAAUCCUAAAUUAAUUAGUUUAUCGAUACCAAAACCUGUAUUACAUUCAACAACUGAGAAAUCACCAUUGGAUACACCUAAAUCACCUACACUGAUUUCAGCUUCAAAUAAUAAUCCGGCAGUGUCGAUGAUGAUGAUGAUGACCAAUCAAGCAAAACAGAUUACUACAUCAGUUGACUCUGCUAAUGAUCAACAUCGUGUUUCAGAAUUUUUGCCAGUUAAUACAGCCAUUUGUAGUGGUAAUAGUAGUAGCAACAACAGCAGCAACUUACAAUCGAUAACAUCCUCUAUUCCAUUAACUAGUUUAAAUAAAAUAUCAACUGAAUCCAAGCUCAGUAGUUCAUUGCACAAAAAUACAAUUACAAAUAGUUCCGUUAAUCACAUUAAUAAUGUAAAUUCAACGAUUGUUCCUGUUAAUAAAGAAAAUUCUAUACAUCAAUGUAAAACACCAAUCAACCAUUUAGGUGAUUUACCAUUACCUAAAUCUAUACAAUUAGCUGCUACACAUUUUACAUCUGCUUUACAAUUAGAAAGUGAAGCUGGACGUCAUGCUUGGGAAAAUUUAUUCAAUGUAUUAAUAAAUGGAACAAUAGAUAAAAAGUCUAGUGAAUCUAUCGGUUUAGAUAUUAUUGAAGCACGUUUGCAUAAUGUUGAUCGUUUUUUCAAAGCAAUGAAUGAAGUUAUUGUCGAACUAACCAACGCGUUAAAUGAACGUAAAGAAGAUUUAACAAAUUCAGUUCGUUUCGGUGAACGUUUACGUCGUGCAUUACGUUUAUAUGCUAGCGGUGAUUGGUUUCACACUAUAUCAGGUCACCUAGAUCCAGAAACCAAUCGAUUAUUUAGUCAAUUAAAACGACGUGCACGUUUAGCUGAAGCUGGUUUAUAUGAUUUAGAAAAUCAGAUUGAAAGUUUAUCUACAGAAUUAAAUACAAUGGUUCAAUCGAAAAACAUAAUAACAGCAACAGCAACCAUGCUGUCAUCACCUAAUCAACAGAGGAAAGAUAAGUUGUCGAUAAGCAAUAGUGUUAAUAAUGAUUCGAACAUCAUGCGUACUAUUGAUACAAAUUCUAAUCUUAUUCGAGCGGAGCGUAGUCGAGUUGAUUUUAUUGUGGAAAAUUUAAAACGCUUAGGUUUAAGCCCUAUGAAAUAUGAUAGUAAAUGUGAGAAAAAAAAAGGAAAACCAAAGUCUAUGCGUAAAAGUUUAAAUUGUUCAAAUAUUUCAUUCUUAAAUGAUUGCGCUCCCGAUCCCAGCGAUGAUACUGAUUUAAUGAAUCCAUAUCGAAAUAUGCUAAUUGAACGAGAUCAAGCUUUAUUACGCCUAUUUUCUAAUUAUAAAGUACCAGUUAUUUAUCCGUUGAAACUUUGUCCAUCCAUUUCACUCGAAAGUGAAACUGUCAAAGACCAAAGUCAAUCAUUUUCCGAUGUGCAAUCCGGAACAUUAAAUCAUUCACAGAUGAAAACUACCUCGUCUCCUGGAAAUAUGAAGAAUUCCAAAUUAGAACAGUUACUUGUUGUCUCAGGAGAAAUUGCCUCUAAUACCGAAGUCUCUAUUGUUCCCAAAUCUCCUAAACCAUCGACUGAGAAAAGUGUGAAAGUUGUCAAUAAAACUGAAGCUGUUCCAUCAUCAGUAUCUACACCUCUUUCUCCUAAUACUCCUACUUCUGUCAUUAGUAGUAAACCACCAAAUAUAGCUUUUAAUUUGACAAGAAAUCAAAUUGCAAACAGUUCAACUGUAUCAUCAGUAGUAAAUUCUGCACCAGUUUCAAAUGUUAAACAAGAUGAUCCAAACAUUACUACGUUCCAGCAAUCAUUCUCACUGGGGAUGAAACCAAUUCAACAGCCCUUAUUCACUCAACCGAAUAUCACGUCAGCUUUCAAUGUAUCUUCAACUGCCAAUGAUAGUAGUAAUCUAUUCGUAAAGUCUACUUUAUUCAAGCCUCAAUCACCAUCAUCAUCAUUGCCGAUCGUGAGUACAUCUAGUGGUAGUACUUCUAUAGGUCAAUCGUCUGCACCAUUUGUCGUAAACAAUUCCAAUGUCUCUAGUCCAGUUUUUCAAAAAAUUGGACCUACUAUCACUACUGCUAAUAAUUCUGCUACAACACUUGUCACAACAAUCAAUGAAACAAGUUUCAUCAAUUCUAACUCAGUUAUACCUACUACCAAUUCAUUGUUCAAUCCCUCAGUUAUUUCUAAACCUUUUGUCACCAAUCCAUCGAAUGUUUUCAAUAAUGCUUCACCGUGUAAAGAAACAGAUGAAAUUAAGAAAGAAAAUCUUGUUUCAAACAUCUCUUCAGCUAAUUUGCCUCAAACUACUACUGUUUCUUCUAAAUCAUCUGGGCUAUUCUCAUUUUUACCAACUCCAGUAUGUAGUAGUUCAGGUAUAAUGUUUGGGUCUGGACAAAGUCAAAAUAUCAGUACUGCUACUAUCAAUACUACGAUAAGUUCUUCAUUAAGUUCUCUUUUCACUGGUAUACCAUUGAACACUACAAGUGCAAUAACCACAAAUUCAGAUACUACAACAAACUCAAAUGUUACAUUCAAUAGUAGACCAUUAUUCGGUGCUCCAAAUUUGGUUCCAGCCACUACCGUUGCUUCAUCAACCUGCAGCACUGGUGCAAAUAUCUUUUUGUUUGGCAAUCCAAAUCAGACGUCUUCUACGAUUAAUACAGGAUCCGUAACCACUGUUUCGCCUGCAAACACUGUUAUUGGUCUCACUGGAACUCCUAUUUCGAGAAGUGAGGCUUUCAAUAAAACACCGACUACCUCCGUCUCUUCACUUUUCGGUGGUGCUGCUUUCAGUACACCCGUUUCUGUACCAUCUUGUGGAAUCGCCUCUAAUACACAUGUGUCUACACUUUUUGGUGGAUCUACUCCAACCACAACUAUUCCAGCAUCUCCAAUGUUUGGUACCACAGUUUUCGGUAAAGGUACUUCCUCGAGCGGGGGUUUAUUCACUGGUACAAAUGUUUCUUCGUUUCAAACUAUAACUUCUUCCUCCAUCCUACAAUCACCUGGAGUAGCUGGUCUUUUCAGUGUUUCUAAUUCAGUAAAUUCGCUAUCCAGUCUACCCAGUACAACAACUACUAUUGCUACUACUACUUCAGUGACUCCUAGUUUUUCUAGUCCAUUUGGCUCUUCUGUUUUUGGAGGUAAUUCCACUUUACCUGGACAGUCUCUAUUUCAAAAUACAACAGCAACUAAUACUAUUGCAACAGUGUCGUCAUCGGCAGGCUUGUUUGGUACAUUGGCCAAUACAUCAGUUGUCGGUGGUAACAAACUGUUCAGUUCACAGCCGGCUACACAAACAAGUGGUUUUUUAUUUGGUUCUCCGUUUAAUGCUCCAGUGUCCGGUGGUGGUUCCAAUCUAUUUCAGGUCAAUACUUCAAAUCCUACUACCACUGUUUCGUCAUCUACAUUAUUCGGUGCUAGUCUGUUUAAUACGCCAUCUGUAAAUUCACCUGUAAAUAACAAUAACACUACUGCUGUAUCUACAGUGCCAGCACAAAUUACAACUUCUAGUCUGUUUAGUUUCGUUUCGGGCACAUCUUCAUUAUUUAGUGGUGCAUCAAUAACUUCUAACCAGGUGAAUCCAACGGCUCCUGGUACCGGUCUUUUUGCAGCAGUGGCGACUGUCAAUUCUCAACAGAUUACAUCUAAUUCAACUGGUGGGGGUGCUGGCCUCUUCGGUUCACCUAUGGGAUCCGAUACAAAAUCUACAAACAGUUUAUUCUCUGUAUCAAACUUAAGUCUUGGUGGGAAUUCAAAACAUCAAAAUCCCACACAAAAUGCUUUUGGCAAACCGUUUGGUAACACAGCUUUUGCAAAUCAAGCUAACUCUACUUUAUUUGGUUCGCCUAAUUCAAGUACACAGAAUAAUAUUAUUUCUGGAGCAAGUGCAUCACUGUCAAGUCCUCAAUCUGGUCUUUUCAGCAGUUCAAUUUUAGGUUCAUCUUUGUUUGGCUCUCCUACACCUGUUACUACAAUGAGCGGAGGUGGUGGCGGGUUAUUUAGUAAUAUCGGAACAAAUGUUAAUCCAGGAACAGGUUUAUUUGGUACACAGACACCUACUACUGGCGUUGGUGGUUUUGGAAGUUCACCAACUUUUGGCAGUCCUGCAUUUGAUAAACCAGUUGGACAAGGUUUAUUCGGAAUGAAUGGUCCCGGAGCAUUUAAUUCCAGUGGCGGAUUAUUUGGUUCAACUGGGCCCUUGUUCGGUGGUGGUGGUGGUUCUAACCCCGCACCUGUAGGUGGUGGAUUGUUUGCCUCUUUAGGGAGUAAAUCAGAUAAUUUAAGUUUUGGAUCACUUGCUCAAAACUCACCACCUGGUGGAAAUAUCCCUGCUUCACCUUUUGGUACUAGUCCUUCAUUUACUCAAAGACGUGCUUGA